UGCUGCAGAGACUAGACGCCGUCUGCUUUGUUGGGACCAUCGAUGCUGUGACUUUCGGCGACUCGGCUGCUAACUUACAAGAGAUUCCUGGACUUGUUCGCAGUCUUUGCUGGUUAUUAGACAUAAUUAAUGUAUGUUUAGCACACAGUCAGCGGUUGUUUCGCUCCAGGCGACAGAAGUGAAGCUCUGCUGUAUAUAAACAAAACGCAGCGAGCUGCUUUUUUUUUUUUUUUAAGGUGGCACCUCAGAGAUAGCUGCAACAACAAGACUAGUCCGAUUCUCCGGGGUUUGGUUUAAGUUAGCUAACUUCGUGUCGGCCGCGUUGUCAGCGAUGGAAACCAGCACACACCUUUGUUAGGAGUUUAAACUCCGAGACGUAUGCGUGCGAACAUGAGAGAGGAGGACAGCUUGUUGUCAGGAAGGCAGCCCAUGGCAAGUGGAAGAGGGGGUGAACAUCUCUGCUGCUGCUGCUGCUGCCCCUACUUGACUGAGGAGAAAGGUGCACUUGCUAUCAACAAGGGUGUCCUGAGGCCUCCUGGCCAUUUGUCCGCGGAUAAGUAGUAUAAAAUCAAGACUUUUGGGGACAAUUAUGGAGACGGUGGGGAAAUUUGAGUUCAGUCGGAAGGACCUGAUAGGACAUGGCGCAUUUGCUGUCGUCUUCAAAGGCAGAAACCGAGAGAAACAUGACUGGGAGGUGGCAGUAAAGUGCAUAAACAAGAAGAACCUGGCCAAAUCCCAGACACUGUUAGGGAAAGAGAUCAAAAUACUCAAGGAACUGAAACAUGAAAACAUAGUUGCAUUACUGGACUUUCAGGAAACUGCCAGCUCAGUGUACCUGGUAAUGGAGUACUGCAAUGGGGGCGACCUUGCUGACUACCUACACUCCAAAGGCACGCUGAGUGAGGACACUAUUCGAGUUUUCCUGCAGCAGAUUGCAGGGGCCAUGAGGGUUUUACAGGCCAAAGGCAUAAUCCACAGGGACCUCAAACCCCAGAACAUUCUGCUCUCCAACCCACCAGGACGCAAGUCGCACUCCAACAACACCUGCAUCAAGAUCGCGGACUUUGGCUUUGCCAGGUACCUUCAGAACAACAUGAUGGCAGCAACACUGUGUGGGUCUCCCAUGUACAUGGCUCCUGAGGUCAUUAUGUCCCAAAACUAUGAUGCAAAGGCAGACUUGUGGAGCAUAGGAACCAUCGUGUUUCAGUGCCUGACCGGGAAGGCUCCUUUUCAGGCCAGCAGUCCCCAGGAACUCCGGCUGUUUUAUGAAAAGAACAAGACUCUCAGCCCCAACAUCCCCAGAGAGACUUCAAGCCAUUUGCGGCACCUGCUGCUGGGUCUGCUGCAGCGCAACCACAAGGACCGCAUGGACUUUGAUGAGUUUUUUUGUCAUCCUUUCCUGGAGGCUAGCUCAUCCAUGAAAAAGACAACUCCUACUGUGUCCAUGACCUGCUUCCCAAGCUCUGCAUCAGCCAGCUCUUGUAGCAGCUCCUCCACCUCUCACCUCGCCUCACCACCGCAGUCUCUUGCUGAGGUUCAGCAUUUGCGUGCCAAAGCUCUGGCCUCCCCUACCCAGGAAGCCGCUGGUUUUCUCCUCAAGGACUCGUCUGGAGGGGGCGGCAGCAGCAAGAACUCCUCCUCCUGUGACACAGAUGAUUUUGUCAUGGUGCCUGCUCACUUCACCACGGGGGAACUGACAUGUGAGAGUAAAGUGCUGCCGGACAGCCUGAUGAAUAGCGGCUCCCUUCUGGCUUCUGCUGGUCUGUGUAGCCAAGCCAAAACACCACCGCACUCACCUUCCAACAGCGGGUCUCCAAGUCCUGUCAGGCCCAGUGAGUUCCCAGGAGGUAACUAUGGAAACCAUGGUCAGUCAUUGCCUAUCCCAGUUCCCACUCAGCUCCAGAACUACCAGCGCAUCGAGCAGAACCUCCAUUCUCCCAAACCAGAUGGCUCACCAAGGCUGUCGACACCAGUGCGCCGCUGCAGCAGUGGAAGCUCGCUGGGCUUUGCUCGGGCCGGGCCUUCACCACCAUACGGGCAGGGAGCAGUCACCACUAACCGCAGGUUCUCCCUGGGAGGCGCCAGACCCUUCCAGCCCUUCCCUCAAGCUCAUCAGCACGCUGAACCCCGGCUGACUUCUCAUCAACACCCACAGACGACCGGACUGGGAACGCGGCUCCACAGUGCCCCCUGUUUGUUGGAGUGUGCCAGUGGCGGUGGCAGACAAAAGAUCAGGAAGCAGCACUCAGACCCGGUGGUAGCCCCCUCGAUGGGCCUGAUGACCAUGCGCCCGCUACACUCCUCCCCCAGACUCAGUGAGCUGAUGCAGCGUAGUCCUCUCCCCACCAUCCUAGGCUCCCCUUCCAGGACCAUCCCUCCAUUUGAAUUCCCAAAGCCUCCCAGCUCUCCGAACCUCGUGACCUUCCUGACGCAGCAGGGUUUGGUCAUCGGCUCCCCUUGCAGCAGGACUGCCCCAGCAGAGCCCAGAGACCUGGGACAGCAAGCACCUACACAGGUCACCCAGCCUGGCCACUGCAUCCACAGACUGAAUGAUGAUACCAAGGCCUUCGGAAGGUCUCAGAGUGCCGGUCGUCUGUCUGACAUGCUGCUCAUGGCUGCUUUUGGACCAGGCGGAAUUGUGGGUGACCGAGGCAGCACAGAGAACCUUACCUCUGAAAAAGCCAUAGAUAUAACAGUGCCCCCCAGUGUUGGGGGAGGCCUUGCACCUGGCUCCAGCAGCCCAGCACAGGUGGUUUUCACUGUGGGCUCUCCUCCCAGUGGCAGCACCCCACCUCAUACCUCCAGACAGAGGAAAUACUCAGGCUCAUUCACUUCAAUCAGCCCAGCAGGGUCCUUCACAAGCCGCUACCCACAGACAGGAACAUAUCUGGAAGGCUUCGAGGCGUCUUCUAGUCCUCGCUACAAUUUCACUGAUCCCAUCACAGCCAACAUGGGCGGUACAAUAACCUUUGAGGCUCCAGAGCUGCCCGAGGAGACGCUGAUGGAGCAGGAGCACACAGACACUGUGCAGAGCCUGCGGUUCACGUUGGAUUUCGCCCGCUGUCUGAUGGAGGUGGCUGGAGCCCGCGGCGCCACGUUGAUGGGGGAGCUGGAGGACAUUUCCCAUCCUUGCCUCCUUCAGCAGCAGAGCCUGGUAGCAGAUCAGAUAAGCUCGCUGAGUCGAGAGUGGAGUAAUGCAGAACAGCUGGUUCUCUACCUUAAGACUGCAGAACUCCUGUCUACUGCCUUACACACAGCCAUGGAGCGAGUUAAACAGGGCAAACUCUACCCGUCUGCUACAGUCAAACAAGUAGUGAAGAGGCUGAAUGAGCUGUACAAAUCCAGUGUGGCAUCCUGCCGCUCACUCAGCACCCGCCUGGAGCGCUUCUUUUCCAGGAAGCACCGUUUAAUGGACCAAAUCACCUCCAUCACGGCUGAGCGACUGCUGUUCAGCCACACUGUGCAGAUGGUUCAGGCUGCUGCACUGGAUGAGAUGUUCCAUCAGGGGGAGGCAUCAGCCCUGCGCUACCAUAAAGCUCUCCUGCUGAUGGAGGGCCUGUCGAUGCUGCUCACUGAACAGGAAGACAUCCUCAGUGUUAGCAAAUGUAAGGAGUGCAUUGAACGCCGCCUCACAGCUUUGCAGUCAGGACUCUGUGUUUGAGAGUCGUCCGCUGCUUCUUGGAGUGUGGAUAUGAUGUCAGUCGUUUGCACUCUGCACAUUAUCAACAAACCAAAUCUGCACCCACGUCAUGGGUUUCAUUUAGAAUUGGUUUAGUUUUCGCAAGAAAACCGCAAGGCUACAGUUUUCACUGAACCGCCAGAGUCUGUGCUCCAAAUGGCUUGAACGUUCAUCUCAUGUUUUGAACAGAAGCACGGUGGCGGUGACAUCCCCAACACUAAACUUGCACCAGAGUUGGACAUGGGAAAAAAAAGAAUGUCUGCGCUCUCGUCCAUGUGAGAGGAUUUUGCUGCUGGCACUGAAUAUGGUAUUUUUUUUGCCAAGAAGAAGCUUCCCUUCACUUGACGUAACACAUGCAAGAGCAAUUAUUGCCAAGUAGUCACAUACCCACAUGCAGUACUUAUCCAAACAUAAACAGAUAGCGUUUUGUUGGGCUGCUGCAAAUUUUCAAUACACAACUCUACACAAAAUGUUGAGUAGCUGGGGGGAGCGUACAGUAUCUGCUGUACAUCUAAACACAGCAAGGACGUGCUGAUCAAGACCAAGUAUCAUUUUCAUCAAAUGCUGAUUUUUCAGUUGUUGUUUUUUUCUACUUGCUACCCUUCUGCUUGCUGAAGGGAGGUAUAAAUAGCUAUAUUACAGUUUGUGGCUGGGUUAGGGUUAGCGCAUUCAAGCACUAUUAUAAAACUGUUGCCAAAAUGACUUAAAAAAAAGUAGUUUUGUUUUUGUGUUAGGUUUUAUUUUAGAUUAACUGUAGCUAACUAUGCUGGUUUGGACACUUUACGGAUUCUGUACUUGCUUAAUGUCAAAGACUAUGUUCCAUCAUUGAAACAAUGAUGGGUCAGAAAAUGGGUCCAGAAAACACACUGCUACAUGCAAAAUACAGCUUUCAUUUCAAGAGGGACUGAAACUGGCCUCUUAGCAUCCCUGAUCACAAUCGUGUUAAAGAUGCUGCAAUAACCUGGGAUGUAUUCUUCAGGUAUACAGAAGCUUACAUGCUGCUGUUGCUGGUGAUUUCUUCUCACAAUUCCAUCUUUUGUCUGUUUUGUAUGUUUCAAUCAUGUCGGAGUUUAGCAAGUAUAAUCAAAUCUGAAUGUCGGGCUGACGGGAGAGAAAGAGGGUUAAUAUUAGCCAAGUGUUAGAUCCGUUUAGACUUAUCCUAGUGGCUAAUAUCUGAAUGUUUUUGCACUGUUGAAGUACUGUAGAGAACGAUCUGGAGUGGAACAUGCUCAACAUGUUCAGUUUUUGUAGAUACCUAGGCAGAUUUGCUUAUUUAGAGAUUUCUACUAUCAGACUUUUAUUGCAGUUUUAGUUGUAUUAUAGUUGCUGUCAGAAGGUAUGUUAGAUGUGAGAAUGUUGACACAGAGAUGGUAUAAGCUAUGAAACCUUAGAAAGAUUUCUUAACAAAGAAAAAUGACGAGAAAAAAACGCUUUACACUGAAAAAAAGAUUUGCAUCGAUUUUGUUGUGUUCUGUUCCAGAGUAGUCGGUGUGUGACGAUUGUGUUUGAUUUUUGAAGUGUUCUGUUGAUAUUGGAGUGCUAGUUGAAGAUGUGUAUAUUACCUGAAAUAUUUGUGUAUUGUUGAUAUUGACCAUAGCCAUACAUCCCAACAGGAUACCUUUACUCCCCUAAAUUGUGGGCCAAUGGGAAGGGUCAGCUUCUACUUUGGUUGCUCUCUGAGAGAUGUUUGUGUGCAUGCAUGCAUGUGUGAAGUGAUGUGUGAUGUGUUAAUGGACAGUGAGAUUUGCUCCGUACAGGAUUAACGACAUUGCUUUGUAACAGGAUGUGAAUGAUUUUUGGCUCCAGCUGACUUGUGUGGAUGCAUUUGACUGGGUAGAAUCUCACUUUAGCAUACAAACUAAAACAUCCCCUGAAACCAUAGGAUCAGGCCCAGUACAACAUUCUACUUUUCCCCCUGCCUUUUUAAGUUAAUUAAUAUAGUAAUGAAGAGCAUAUUUUAGAAUAAGGCGUUGAUGUAUGGUCAGGGCUGAAGAUGGUUUACGCUGAGAUAAUGAAGCCAAUAUAGUAGCAUUGUCAGCAGAAGAGAAUGGAGGAAAUGUUUUUUUCUCAUUGAAGAUUUCUCUAAAUAUACAUUAUGUGUAUCUGCUUUGUGGCCUUUUGUAUUUUGUCAGAGAACCUUUUCUGAAAUUUUCGUAGCGUGUUUAUAAUGUUCGAGUGUACAUUCCUUAAUAUCAACUCAUCCACGGGCUCUCUGUCUCUUGCACAUGCCGCUCCGUUGACAUCUUAACCUUUAGAAAACAAAACAAUGCAUGUGUCACUUUUUAUUGUUCCCUACAAUCAUUGCUGUCGGCCAUCCAAAUGAUAAUUAUCUUGGGUCAGAGCACCAUAAAGAGGUACUGACUGUUUUAAAGUAUCACAUAAAUAUAAUUAAGUGUAACCUUCAUGAAAAUUCUGCUAUGUGCACUCCCAUAAUAAAUACGUCACUGAUUUGGA